AAAUGUGUCAAAUCCCAGUCAGUGGCCUUCCCAAAAAUCUCAACAAACAACUUUCGAUUCUGCACCUUUGUUGAUAAGAAUAAAUAUAAAAGUAGUACUAUGGAAAAUAAUAAUAAGCAGAGGUGCAGAACCGUGUACGCUUUCGCCAGAGAAAUGUACCCGAAAACCGUGAAACACGACAUUUCCUAUGGGACAGCAGGAUUCCGAACAAGGGCUACAGACCUACACUAUGUCAUGUAUAGGAUGGGGCUACUGGCUGUACUUAGAGCAAGGGUUAAAAAAGCUGUAAUAGGUGUAAUGAUAACAGCUUCCCAUAACCCUGAACCAGAUAAUGGAGUCAAAUUGGUUGACCCAAUGGGCGAAAUGCUGGAACAAAGUUGGGAGAAAUGGGCCACAAAACUCGCCAAUGUACCAGAUGACAAACUAGAAUCUGUAAUAAACGAAUUAAUUAAGGAAUACGACAUUCAAAACAUGAACGACCGGCCCGAAAUUUUGGUUGGAAAAGACACUAGACCCAGCAGUCCCAGUUUAGCUAAGGCUGUUAUUGAUGGUGUAUUAGCAAUGGGCGGAAAACCCAUAGAUUAUGGUAUAGUAACAACUCCUCAGCUUCACUACUUUGUAGUUUGUAAAAAUACAAAUAAGGCAUAUGGAGAGCCUACAGAGGAGGGAUAUUACAGAAAACUUACAAAUGCUUUUAAGAAAGUUAGAGGAGACGAUUUUAAUAAUGGGAAUUACAUAAAUAAAGUUUUAUAUGAUGGAGCUAAUGGCGUCGGAGCUAAAAAAGUAAAAUUUCUUAAGGAAGGCCUUGAAGGUAGUCUUAUUAUCGAUAUGUAUAAUGAUGAGAUUAUUGGCUCUGGAAAAUUAAAUUAUUUGUGUGGAGCAGACUAUGUAAAAACAAAUCAAACAUUUCCAACGGGGUUGCCUCAAACACCAAACCAAAGAUGUUGCUCUGUUGAUGGAGAUGCUGAUAGACUUAUGUAUUAUUAUUUAGACGAGAAUGAAAAGUUUCAUAUGAUGGAUGGAGAUAGAAUAGCUACUUUGAUUGCUGGUUAUCUUAAGGAGAUACUAGAAAACACCGGCCUAAAAUUAAACCUGGGACUCGUUCAAACUGCUUAUGCAAACGGGGCUUCCACCGACUAUAUUACAAAUGAAUUGAAAGUUCCCGUAGCUUGUGUUCCUACAGGUGUUAAAUGGUUACAUCAUAAAGCUCUAGAGUACGAUAUAGGAGUUUACUUCGAAGCUAACGGCCAUGGUACAGUCGUUUUUAAAGAUGAAGCAAAACGAAAGAUAAAGAGCGCUUUUCAGACCAACAACUUAACAAAAACUCAAAAGGAUGCAACUCUGAGAUUAAUAAAUAUUAUAGAUAUUAUAAACGAAACAGUAGGAGAUGCCAUAUCUGAUAUGUUGUUGGUUGAAACCAUUCUACAUGCUAAAGGUUGGGAUAUUAAACAGUGGGAAGAAGCUUAUCACGAUCUUCCAAACCGACUGCUUAAGGUGACUGUACAGGACCGCACAGUUAUUACUACCACAGACGCUGAAAGAAAAUGUGUCACUCCCGAAGGACUUCAAGACGAAAUUGAUAAGAUUGUUUCAAAGUAUCCCAAAGGGAGAUCUUUUGUUAGGCCAUCAGGCACAGAGGACGUAGUUAGGGUAUACGCAGAAGCUGCCACAAAAGAAGACUGCGACAAGCUAGCAUAUGAGGUUGGUAAAAAAGUCCAUGAAUUAGCUGGAGGUACCGGAGACGCCCCUUCAGCUUCAAAAUAGGCGCCCCUUCCCCAUUUACAAGAAAAUAACAUGCAUAAUACUAAUAUCCCACACUUAGAGCCUGGAAAUUAGUAAAUCGAGAACAAGAAAUUAUUUUUUAGACUAAUUUUUCUUCCAAAAUGUAACUACUUUAUUUAAAAAUGACUGUUCUUUAGAGUUUACUGAGUCAGGCUGACUUGGUUGGUAAUAUUAUGUUACUGCAUAUAAACUCAAAAAAGGAAUUUAUAAAAGCAGCACAUUAACUAUACGUAUAAAAUAUACCUCACGAAAAGUCAUUAUUAGCGGCAUUCAUAUCAUAAAUCCUAAAUCAGAAUUGAGCGACUAAUAUCGAGUUAGCUUGUCUAAUUUUUAAGAAUUUUAUUUUAAUUAGAAUUGAGACUGAUAUUUAAUUUGUUUUUUUUUUUUAAAUUACACAAUUGGACAUUUUGUAUUCUUUUUUUUGCAUCUGCUUGCAUUUAAAUAUAAUUCUGGAUUAAUUCUAAUGAAAUGCUUCCUUAAAGCCAUAUAUUUCUAGUGAUCUGAAAAUUAACCCAACGAAUAAUGAAGUUGCCACAAUUUAUAACUAUCUUAAGUUAAUUAUUAUAUUUUAUAUACAUUUUUUGUUCAAAUAUUAAUUAUUUAUACGUUUUUUCAUUAUUUUAUUAAUAUGCUUGUUGAGUUUAUAUUAUACUAAUUUUUAUAUAUCUCGUUUUAUAUUUGUAUAUUGUGUGAAAAAAAAGACUUAUUAUAGUUAUGUUAAAACAGGUUUUAUAUAUUGCAUGCAGGGUGUCCCUAUAAGGGACUUAAUCUUUAAGUUUUAAUUUUUUGUUUCUUUAUCUUGGUUUUAAUGAAAUAGAUUAGCAUUAUAUAAAUGCCUAAAGCAUUAAACACUAGAGUCAACAUGUCACAGGAUUGACAAAUUAUUAGUCUACCAAUAAUACGCUAUUGAAGCAUCGCCAGUGGCGCUCCCUCACGACAUUAGCGCACGACAUUUGUAUUAUAUUGUUAAUGCUAUCUGUGGCCCACAAAUUGCUGUUAUUUAUUUUUUUUUAAUAAUUUGAAAUCUAAAAGUUGAAUGAAGAUGGUGUUUGUUCGUGUCCCGAAAUCAAGAUUCAAUAACGUAUGAUACGUCACAUUAAUUACCUAAAAUCAGUAAAUAUAUAUAAAUGCCCAAACUAAUUUGAACUUGCAUUGUUUGCCUUGAACAGCAGAAGAUUGUCAUUGCUUUAAAGUCACUUAAUAUUUUAUACUAAAAAAAAAUGCGCAUGGACUGGUAGGUGUAGUAGGGUUUCGAGAAGAAAUUAGUUUUUCUUAUUAAUGGUUUUGAAUUAAUGUUGGCCAUGGCAAAAAAAAAUUAACUACGUCAAUGAAAUUUCCUAAAUGUGUUUAAUGUUUUAAGCAUUAAUCCCUUAAUUAAUUAGGACAUGCGCAGUAAUUCAAGGUUCGUGUUUCAUUUAUUGGCACAUUUUAUGAUAUAUUGUUUAUACUUAUUAAUUUUUUGCGGCUUUAUUUUGUUUUGAACUAAUAGAAUAAAGAUUUAUAGUAUAUAUUAUGGUAAAAGGUUAUUUAUUAAGAUUCACAUUUCCUGCUUAUUACGAAAUUAUAUUUUUAUUAAUGUAUAAUUGUAAACAAGGUGUACAGAAGCUGAAAAGAUUAUAUUUAAAAUAAUUUUCAAAGUAAAAGAUGUUUUAAAUGUUAUUGAUGUUAUUUUAGAACUGGUUUGUUUAUCCAUGUAUGAUAACAUUAUUCCAAUACAUAAGAACUUUUUUUUUUAAUAUUCUGGUGGUAUCAUAGUACUAAUCACCAAUACCCCGUAAUUUUACGAGCAUUAAAUUGAUUAAAAUACUAUAAUUCAAUUUCAAGACACCUUGCAUAUACUUUCUAUUUUUAUAGCAAAUCGUAUUCUAUGAAAAAAAACUACGCGUAAUUUGCCAUUCCAGCUAAAGACUUAUUGUUUUAUUCAAAAACAUCCUUAAUAUAGAAAUUCUUAAUUAAGUCUUUUCGAAUAUAAAUUAAUAUGGAUUUUUAAGAGUCAUCAUCGAAAGGCUGUGAACAUUUUAUUGUAUACAUACAAAAUGUAGAUUCUUGCCUUUUACAACAGAUAUUAUCAUUAAUUUUAUGGUGAAAUACAAUAUUCAUUACUUUAGAGGUGUUCCUAAAGUUACAUUUACCGGUCAUUUAAUUUUAGUCACGUAGAAUAAGGGAUAACGUUAUGAUUUUAACGUAUGAAUCGAAUCAAACACCUUGGCUUGUGAACGUAUACAAGGUUACAUUUUUGUAAAUGUAACUUAUUAGUGUCCAGUAUUGCAAGUAUCAACGUAUAUCAAAGAAAACUUUUAGUUUUUUUUUUCCAUAAAUUGCAUUAUUCAAAGUAUUGAUUGCGUUAGGAAAAUAUGAAUAUUACAUAUACUUACGUCUAAUUUAAUGAAUAUCGAAUAAAUUGUUAUAUCCUGUCAUAUUUUUAAAUGAUUAUGUAGCAAAAAUCGACAGUAACUUUAUGGAAUAUUAUAUGACAAUCUUCUCUAGAUCUUCUUGCCAAACUGGACACUUAAAAAAUGAUUUGUAUUUAAAUAAAAUUUGUUUUAUUUUAAAAUUGGAAAAUAAAGACACUUAAUUAUUAUUAAUUUUUGCUUACUGCAGGUUACGUAACAUAAGUAAGUUAAUAGGCCUAACUUGUAUUAUGUAUUUUACUCCAUAUGCGAUUUUUUGCAUAUUGUUUUUUUGCAUAAUGUGGGGCAAGUAAACUGAUUUUAGUAUUAUUAUACAGGGUGGUACUUAACUACAUUAAUUGUUUCAUUUUGAGAAAAUAAGUAAUAUAUAAACUUUGAACGAAUAGGAUCAUUUCUUAAACAGAUCCUAUUCAUUAUAGGAACGUAUUUAAGGACCGCCCUGUAAACAUUUGUAAGUUUUACGAAAGAUAAAUUUGGUACGCCUUCUAAUGCAUUUUUAAAAAAUACUCCUCUGUUUUUGAACAGAUUCUAAAAGCAAUAAGCAAAAACGCUUUAUCGGUGCACCGUUAAAAAAGACCAAAAAAUUCUAAUUCUCGCCAUAACAUAUAAUAUAACGCUUUAUAUAUUUU